UUCCGAUAAUAUGUGACAACAGAUUUUUACAUCCAGCCAGUCCGCAGACACGCGUCAGGCGGAGAACGCGCAUGUAUUCGAAUUUUGAAAUUCAAAUAAUAAAACAUCGCGGAAUAUUUUGACAUGCGUAAAAAAUAAAUCUGCGGAAGGAUUUACUUUUAUUUAUGUGAUAGUUUGAAUAGUUUAAUGUUAAAUUGACGAUAGCCAUUUAAGUUGCUUAAAAUAAUUUUCGCGGGUGAAAAUUCGUGAAUGAUUUAUUGACAUCCUUUUUUUUAACCUCAAGAAAGUUUUAUGCACAAAUAUAAUGUUAAGGAAGAAUAUAUUCUUAACGGUCGCGACACUAACAUGUGUGGUGAACGCCGUGGUACAAAAUACUGCUACAGUGAAUGAAAUCGAUUUAACACCUAAAAAGCUGGUUACAAGUACUGGUGGACCUUUGUAUCCCAAAGCAACAGAAACAAGAGACUUGCGAACACUCGACGGGAUAUGGAACUUCAGAAAAUCACCCUCCGAUCCAGAGACUGGGUACAGAGCUGGAUGGUUCGAACAGGAUCUUGACAAGACUGGCCCGGUACUCGCAAUGCCAGUGCCCUCAUCAUACAAUGACGUCGGCGAAGAUAUUUCCUUACGAGACCACGUGGGAGUGGUGUGGUACGACCGGCGGUUCUUCGUACCUUCCUGGUGGGGGUCUACUGGCCAGCGAGUGUGGUUAAGGUUCAGCAGCGUCCACUAUGCCACUGAAGUGUUUAUCAACGGCAAGUCGGUGAUGUACCACGAGAUCGGUCACUUGCCAUUCGAGGCGGAGAUCACGAAUGUGGUGAGCUUCAACAGUAGCAACCUGCUCACUGUCGUCGUGGACAAUACACUGCUCAGUGACACUGUCCCACAAGGUGUCAUCAAGACUGUAUAUGACGGGCCAAACCGAUUUCAUCAAGAGCAACAAUACACAUUUGACUUCUACAACUACGCCGGCAUUCACCGAACUGUUUUCCUGUACUCCACGCCUCAGGUGUACAUCGAUGACGUCAUCGUCAACACAGACAUCCAAGGACUCACAGGUUUCGUAGUAUACAAUGUGACAACGAAAGGACCGAAUUCAGACAAAGUUCAGUGCGUGGUACAGAUAUUCGAUAAGAACGAUACGCAAGUGACGGCGUAUAAUGACUGUGCUGGACUACUCGAGAUCGGUAAUGCCCACUUCUGGUGGCCUUACCUCAUGCAUCCCAACCCUGGAUACUUGUACACGUUUAAGGCUUCGCUUAUAGGUCCGCAAGGCGAAAUAAUCGACUCUUAUAGUCAAAAGAUUGGCAUCAGGACAGUCACGUGGUCCAAUACUUCCAUCUACCUGAACGACAAGCCACUCUAUCUGAAAGGAUUCGGCAUGCAUGAAGAUUCAGACCUAAGAGGCAAAGGAUGGGACCCAGUUUUAUGGGUAAAGAAUUUCAACUUAAUCAAAUGGUUGGGCGCCAACGCAUUCAGAACAUCCCACUACCCUUACGCCGAAGAGAUAUACCAGCUUGCUGACGAAUACGGCAUCAUGAUCAUUGAUGAAUGCCCCAGCGUUGAUACAGAUGGCUUCUCGGACGCGUUGUUGACUAAACACAAGCAAUCGUUGACGGAACUGAUUCGACGGGACAAGAAUCAUCCGAGUGUAAUUAUGUGGUCAAUCUCCAACGAGCCUCGGUCUGCCAACAAAUUAGCUGAUAGAUACUUUGGGGAAGUCGUUCGUCACGUCAAAUCUAUGGAUCUCUCCAGGCCUGUCACCAUCGCUAUCUCUGCCGGCGCUUCUAGCGACAAAUCUGGUCGUCACUUAGACGUGAUCAGCUUUAACCGCUACAACGGUUGGUACGCGAACCCGGGCCACACGACGCAGAUCACCAACAAUGUGGUAGAGGAGGCGACCAACUGGCACCGCAUACACAACAAGCCCAUCAUUAUGACUGAGUACGGAGCUGAUACUAUUGCUGGGCUGCACUUGUAUCCUGAAUACAUUUGGUCGGAAGAGUACCAGUGCGUGUUGAUCGCAGAACACUUCAAGGCGUUCGAUCACCUGCGGAGGGCUGGCUUCUUUGUCGGAGAGUUCAUAUGGAACUUCGCUGACUUCAAGACGCCGCAGUCAAUAACCCGUGUUGGUGGCAACAAAAAGGGUAUUUUCACCCGCAAUAGGCAGCCCAAAGCCGCGGCACAUCUCUUGAGGUCUCGCUACCACGCACUCGCCACGUCCGACUACGGCAUGCCCCUUGCCGAGACCACAUACUACAUCAGCGACAACAAGCCAGCCAAUCACGAGGAGUUGUAGACUCUGCCAUACCCACCAAAUUCUUUAUUAUCUACUAAGUAUAGGUUUUUAGGCAUGCAAUGGAGUUCGAUAGUUUGACAGAGUAGAACACUCGCCUAGGUAACUGCGGAUAUUUUUGGAACUAAAUAUUUAACAAGUGAGCGAUGACAACACUAGCGCCGAAGCCGAUAACAACACAGAUUAUGGUGAUUGCUUGGCAAUACCUUUUUUCUGCUAUAUAACGAUAUGGUUUAAGAAACAAUACUUGUACGUCCAAUUAAAAACCAAUAAAUUGUCCGUUAUUUAUAUUUAUAAACCAAAAAGCAAGCUACUGAUUACACAGUCUUUUUAAAGCUUGUGCCACAAUUAUGCGAUUACGCGUUGGUACUUAAUAAUAUCAAAACUUGUGUAUUUUUUACGUUCUGCAAACUUAUAUUACUUAGUAGAUACAAUGUAAAAUGUAAGAUAUCUCGACCAAAUUGUAGAACUCGUUUACAUAAAUGCCUUAUGUAUUAAUAUGACCAAACGUUAUUGUUAGUAAAUAGUAUUUGCGAUAAUUAAUAGUACAAGAAAUCUGCUAUUUCAUGAGAGGAUUUUUUAUCCCUUUCCGAACUAUACGUAUUUAAAUAUUGAAGUUAAGUAGAUGGAUAGAUUUCGCGUUGGAUGAGAACAACGAGUUUGCUUAGGUUUAGUUACGUGUGUUUUAAAGCUAUCCUAACAGACACACAUAAGUACUAAAUACACUAAAUAAACAAAGCCCUUCCGCAAGAAUUUUCAUAAGUACAUAUAGAUGUUAUAGCGUUUGUCUAGAGAUAGAAUGGAAAUACCAUGGAAAAUACACAAAAACCUGUUGUUACUAAGUUGUUGUAUUUUGAUCUAAAAAUGUGUGUACAACAAUCUAAAGCAAAUAUCGUGUGUAAUAAUUGUUAUUAUUAUUCAAUAUAAUGAAUAAACAUGUAAAUAUUUAUUGUAAUUAUGCAAAUAAAGUACAAAAUAAAUGCGA